GUCGAUUUAAAAUUUCAAAACAGCUGCUGCCUUUGUCGUGGACUUGGAAGGCUGCAACGAGAAAACAGGAUAUAAUGGCAGCUUUAGGGGACCGCCUCAAGGUGAUGGUGAAAACCUUCAGGAGAGAGUGUCACAGGAUGUUGGAGUCUGAAAGGACCACCAUUCAUGGAGCUGACGGCAUGCUGCUGGUGCUGCAGGUGGCCAUGGCAGAAGUGAACAAACAGCUGAAUGGAGAGUUCAGAGUGGCUCUGAGUGACGUCCUGAUGGCCUGGAAACACUUAUUGUUAGACAGACUUCACCUGCCGCCCCCCAGCUCUGCACGUUUGGAGAACUAUGAUCUCAUCCUGGAGGCGUAUGAAUCUUUCCUGCAACGCUCCAACACGCUGGAUCUGAUUGAUGUCCUGUCCAUGUACAAACAGCUCAAGGUGGUGGACUCUGACCCAGAGGAGCCCGUAGGCUCGAUCCAGCUGUUUGAGGUUUUAUCAGGUAACAUGGAGGUCCCAGAGGGGCCAAACUCACCAGUCCCUUCAACACCAUCCAGCAGAAGCAGACCUUGCAGCUCACAGGUGAAAACGGCUGUGAGACGGGUUUUCUGCUCUUAUCUGAGUUUGCUGGUGAACUCUAAAAACGACAUGGCCUUGGCGCUCACCCUCGACGUUCCAUGUCGCUCUCUUGGACAACAGGCCUUUACGGACAUCAAGCAUGCUGCAAGAAGCAACAAAACCUCUCUCUUCCUGGCUGUGACGUCUUUCGUCAGGGCCAUCCAGCUCGGAGGGAAGGGCUACGCUCCAGCAGAGUCCGAUCCGCUUAGGAAGCACGUCAAAGGCCUGUCUGAUUACGUCCAGUUUCUAGACAUCCUGGAAGAGAUUUUGGGGGAGACUCCUGACCCGAGCGAGUGUGGAGCCAGGCUGCUGACAGCCAUCAGGGCCGCGCUGGUGAAAGGGCGAAGCAGUGGAGAUGCUGUUCAUGCUGCAGCAGAGGAGACGACAAAGGAGCUAAAGGAGAGGAUCCUCCAGCUCCACCAGAUCCAGAAACGGGCUACUAACGACUACGGGACGGGGAUAAGUCCUGCUAGGCCCAAAGCUUAUGCAGUCAAUCACGCCACAGCCUACGGAGGUCGAGACACUGUGAAGGUGCUGCUGGCACUGCUGGAUGAGGAGGCGCUUGCUCCUCCGUGUCCAAACAAGGCGGACCUGCUGUCUGAAGACCAGCCUGCCCUCAGUGGAGCUGAAGGAACCUGUGUCCUCAUGCUCUUUAGAUCCCCAGAAGUGCCGACUGGAUGUUCUCCAGAACCCCUGAGGAACAGAGUCCAGAGCCGGCUGAACCUUCUCAAACCCAAGGCCCGAGACAGGCUCAUUCGAUCCCAGUUUGCCUGCACAUACAAAGAUGAAGAGCCACCGCUGAACCGGACGCUGGACUUCCUGAGUACCAGCCAGGCGCCUACUUGUGUACACCCAGCCCCUAAGCCAAAAAUGACCCCAAGUGUGGAUGAUGAGCUCAGCCUUGAUGUGGAAGAUGCGACCACAGCCAAGCCGUCCCGUGGAUGCUGGACAAAAGAGCCCGGUGAGGCACGGCGGGAGGCUGCUCUCGAGCAAAGAAGUGGAAAUGCUCAAAAUGCGGGUGCAGGGCCAAGGAAUAAGAAGAAAGCUGGCAUUCAGAUGCAGAACAAGAGGAAGCAGCUGGACUGUGACCAGCGUAGCGGGUCUGAGAAUCAACCUCCAGAGAAGAAACAGCAUUCGUGUGUCAAAGUGCCCAGCAAAAACGUCUGCAAGGCCUCAAAUAAAAAGAAGCUAAUAGCCGGACAGGCGAAGCUAACCAACUUCUUUAGAGUUUAGGCACGACUUUCACCAACCAGUGACGGUACGAUUGUAAAAAUGUAGUAUGUUAAACUCUUGAAGAUUGGUCCUUGUUGUGUUUUUCCUAUUGUGGUUCCUCCUUUAUUUAAUUAUUUUACAUUUUUUAAUAUUUUUCUUUUUUGCAAAGACUUUAAUGAAAAGUUCAUCACCAACUUUCAUUGCUAUUAACUGAUCAAAGUUAACAGCUGAUCAGCAUUAAUACAUAGCAAGGAGACCGCUAGCUAGCUGCUAGGUAACUAGCAGACAAACUAGUUUUGCACUAAUAAACUUGUGAAGUACAAUGUCGGCUGUGCUGUAAUUUAGAGUCUUUUUAUGAUAGAGUUGUGUCAAAAUCAAUAUUUGUCUUUGUCUUUCAAUAAACUGACACGUGUUUGCAGAAAUCCCUA